AUGGAGCUUUCGCGAAGGAGAUAAUAGAGAUACCCACCUUUGUCCUCUUGUGAAGCAGCCACGUCGUCAACGCCCGAUUCGCUUCUUCGAGACGACCUCGUGCGUCGUUCCUCGUCCUGGUCCCUUUUGCGUUCCUAGUCCCGAUGCAUGCGAGGUUUUCGUCCCGCAAACGGGCCCGUGUUCGGCACGAACCACGACGCGCCCCCAGAAAGCAGAGAGUCACGGAUCAAUGGGCCAACCGGACGUGGACCCAAAAUCCGACGACAGCGAGCGAAGAAAGAAUAGCGGCCUUUUUGGUCCUUUGUUGGCCUCUUCCUUGCGACAAUACGAGUCCUAUAACGCUUCCCUUUCUACGUCGUCUCGUUGAAAACCACCGGGACGAGAGUCCAACUCCAGUCAAAGAAGGGAGAGCGUGGAUAUCGAAUCGAGAGAUCCGAGACCAAAAAAUAUCACACGAGAGAGCGACGCGUCUGCUUUACAUCGUCGCAUCGCCCCUUCAAAGAUUUGAGCAAGCCGUGAAUGGUUUGAGAGGACUGUAAUGAUAAUCUACAAGUUUGUGCUAUCGACAAG